AUGGUGAAUGUUCCUAAAACCCGCCGGACCUUCUGUAAGAAGUGCGGCAAGCACCGGCCCCACAAAGUGACACAGUACAAGAAGGGCAAGGAUUCUCUAUAUGCCCAGGGAAAGCGGCGUUACAACAGGAAGCAGAGUGGCUACGCUGGGCAGACUAAGCCAAUUUUCCGAAAGAAGGCUAAAACUACAAGGAAGAUUGUUCUAAGGCUGGAAUGUGUUGAGCCCAACUGCAGAUCUAAGAGAAUGUUGGCUGUUAAGAGAUGCAAACAUUUUGAACUGGGAGGAGACAAGAAGAGAAAGAGCCAAGUGAUCCAGUUCUAAGCUUUGUCUUUUGUUUUAUUAUGAUAAUAAAAU